AUGAUCAAGGAUGACCGUCUGCCAUGGAUGACGGACUUCGCUGACAUUCACAAGAUGGAACUGCCGCGCAAGGCGAAGGAGAUUGCGUGGCGGCUGAACCUGAACAUCCCAUACUACUCGUCAAACUACAUUGAAAUCUUCUACGUAGUCACGAUGCCACUUCUUUUCGUGUACAACACGCCCUUCUUCGUUGUAACCUUUCUAGCCAUUGUGAUAAUCCACUCCAUCCGAAUGCACAAAAAGAAAACGCACGAGUACGGCGAUAGCAUCGUGAUGUUGGGUCGACGGAUCAGAUACCGCAAGCUGGGCCACCUGCUCGUGUUCGCCAUGGUGAUGCUCUUGAUGUUCUUCGACGGAUUGCGCACGCUGAUGUGGGUGCUCCUGCUGAACGUCUGCAUCAUUGUUCCCCAUGCACUGCUGCGAAAGCCCACGUACUUCGACGACGAGGACCUCGAGAAGUGCCGGCCAAAGAUGGUGCAGUACGCGAUUUGUCUGGUUAUUCUGGUGCUCGCCUACCUGGAAGGCGACCUGUGUGCCGACGAGGCGGCAGAAAGCCGGCGCGCCGUGGAGCGGGAACGAAAGCGGGUGGCACAGGCUAUGGCGAAGCACGAGGCAAAGGAUUGA